AAAACCAAAAGAAAACAGCAUGUACUCAAACUACAAAACAUUGCUUUGCAUAGCAUAGAUACAGGUCUGGCUAGGUACAGCAGGCUGUAUAUCCCAGGAUAUGAAUCAUGAAAGAGUUUCAUUGUGUACAAAGGAUGAUAUAUCGGCAAGUAAAGGUGACGGAUGUACAGAACGAGUGAGAGAGACACAGAGAGAACUUCAAAUCGAACAGAGGACAGAUGAUUGAAUGAAGCCUCCACCACUAACCAUGCAGUGGAGUCUAUCUCUCUGCUCUUUAAUGGGAGUUGCGUUAUUAGCCCAGAUGAGCAGCACCUCAACAGUAAACCUUGCUUUACAAGGAGUGGCCACUCAGUCAUCACAGUACUCUGCUGUUAAUACUAAUGUUAAUCAUGUGAAAGCUUCUAAUGCCAUUGACGGGAACAAAGACCCAAACGCCGACAAUGGAUCCUGCACCCACACAAUGGAGGAGACCAACCCCUGGUGGAGAGUGAACCUGCGGGAUGUGUACAAAGUGACUCGUGUUGUAAUCACCAACAGAAACAGCAAUCCUGAGAGGCUCAAUGGUUCAGAGAUUCAUAUUGGUAAUUCACUGGAGAACAACGGCAACAACAACCCCAGAUGUGCAUUCAUCUCCAGCAUCUCAGCAGGACAGAACCAGACCUUCCAGUGUAAAGAGAUGGAGGGACACUAUGUCAAUGUGAUCAUCCGUGGCAAUAAAAAAUUUCUCACUCUGUGUGAGGUGGAGGUAUAUGGCAGUCUAGCGGGACACUGUUCAUCUGAAACAUGCCUCUCUCAUGACGAGUAUCAGUUUGUGAACCAAAAUAAGACCUGGACUGAAGCACAGAGUUACUGCAGAAAGCAGUACACGGACCUGGCCACCAUAGACAACGUGGAGGACUUGGACAGACAGAUGAAAGCUGUACACAGUGAUUAUACUGAAGCAGCCUGGAUAGGGUUAAAGAAGGGAGACUGGAAGGGAGAGUGGCAGUGGUCAGACAAUGAUUGCAGUGAGGGAUAUUUCAACUGGAGCCGAGACGAACCAAAUAACAGGGAAGGGAACGAGGACUGUGUGAUGAUGAGCAACGGUGGCCAAUGGAAUACAUCUGAUUGCAACAAUUCACAUGCAUUUAUCUGCUAUGACAGACUGAACAGUUCUGGUACGAAAUUCCAUUUUAUUAAUAAUACUCAGAUGACUUGGAGAGAUGCUCAGAUGUACUGUAGGGAGAAUCACACAGACCUGGCCAGUGUGAGGAACCAGACUGAGAACGAGGAGAUAAUUAGACUGGCUAGUGGUGAUAGUGUGUGGAUUGGCCUGUUCAGAGGCUUCUGGAAGUGGUCGGACCAGAGUAACUGCUCAUUCAGAAACUGGCAUGAGAGACAACACGAUAACACCGGAGGGAAUCAGACCUGUGCUGUGACAUUUAUGAACUAUUCCGGGCGUUGGGGUUUUCAGAAGUGUGAUGAAAAACAACCUUUCUUCUGCUACUACAAUAAGGUGAUCUUGAUUCAUCAGAAUAAGACGUGGAAAGACGCCCUGGCCUACUGCAGAGAGCACCACAACGGCCUGGUCUCUGUCUCCUUUAACGAGGUCCAGAGAUGGGUGGAGGCCCAGGCCAAGAGAGCCUCCACUCCUCAUGUGUGGCUGGGCUUGCGCUUCACCUGCACUUUGAACCUCUGGUUCUGGGUCAGUGGAGAGUCCACCUGCUACAACAACUGGGCUUCGGGAAACGGGACCGUCAUGGAGGACUGUGGGAGAACCGGAGUGAGGAGUACCGGGGCGGUAGAGAAAGAUGGAGGACACCAGUGGGUCAGUCUGCCUGACACAGAAGAGCUCAACUUCAUCUGCAGCACAGAAUCUGGACCACGGUAGUAGAAUCUGGACCAAAGUAGUAUAAUCUGGACCAAGGUAGUAGAAUCUGGACCAAGGUAGUAGAAUCUGGACCAAGGUAGUAGAAUCUGGACCAAGGUAGUAGAAUCUGGACCAAAGUAGUAGAAUCUGGACCAAGGUAGUAGAAUCUGGACCAAGGUAGUAGAAUCUGGACCAAGGUAGUAGAAUCUGAACCAAAGUAGUAGAAUCUGGACCACGGUAGUAGAAUCUGGACCAAGGUAGUAGAAUCUGGACCAAGGUAGUAGAAUCUGGACCAAAGUAGUAGAAUCUGGACCAAGGUAGUAGAAUCUGGACCAAAGUAGUAGAAUCUGGACCAAGGUAGUAGAAUCUGGACCAAGGUAGUAGAAUCUGGACCAAAGUAGUAGAAUCUGGACCAAGGUAGUAGAAUCUGGACCAAGGUAGUAGAAUCUGGACCAAGGUAGUAGAAUCUGGACCAAGGUAGUAGAAUCUGGACCCAGCUCUAGCAGGGUACCAUUCCCAGACAUGGGUUUGGCCUAGUCCUGGACUAAAAAAAGCAGAGAAGAAUCUCCAUUUAGAAUUAUUUUUAGUCCAUGUCUAGGCUUAAUCUGUGUCUGGGGAAACCGGCCCUCAGUCUUCAGAUCUAUAUAUUUUAAUUCAUAGAACUUUCUGGAAGCAUGUUGCUGUCGUAGCUUUUGAAAAAGAAAAGCAUCACACUCUAGGAGCUCAGAUGUAAUAAUUUAAUAACCAACGUUUGGACAGACAAGCUGUCUUCAUCAGGGUAUAAUGACAAACACUGCGUGUCACUAGUUGUCUCUGUAAUCAUGGCUGGGUGUGGCUUGAUAUCAUUGGUCGAUUUACAGAUAUAAAUAGAACAUAUAAAAAAAUGGAUAUACGAUCAUAGAUACAAUUCAGCUACAUCAGCCAACAAACAUUUACAAUGAACAGAAAAGUCACAAUAAUCACAAGAAUGGCUUCAGAUUAAAAGUCUAUGUUGAGACCGAAGGGAGUGAGGGUCUUUAAUGUUCCGGGAGGCCUCUUGUUUUAACAAUACAUUUUCACGAUUGUAACUUUACAACUUUUUUUGUUUGACAUUAUAUUGUAUUGUGUGUGUGACUUAAUAAAUUAUUAGAUUUGUAUAGAUUAUGUUUAAGGUAAAAAAAAUAUAUAAUAAUCGUGUUAUACUGUUUUAUCUUUUGAGGUGGUUUAUUCACAUCCUUUUCACAUAUUUGUCGAAACAUUUUAUUAGUCUUUCAAUCACAUAUAGACCUGGAUGAUCAUUGUUGAUGUUCAAUUUGACUGUCCUUUUAGUGUCAAUAGUAUUGGUGUGUGUGAGAAUAUGUGACGUUUGGUGAUUGUUUCAAUGUCAUAUUUUGAUGCUGUUUUGAACUCUUUAUUUUUGGUUUAAGUGAUUGUUUUACUAUUUUGUUGAUUAUUGAUCCACUGCCAAUGUGGCAAAAAAUAUAUUAAUAUAUAUAUCUGUCAAGUUGCUGUGUAAUAGAAAAAAAUGUAAUGUCAAAAAAAUGGCAUGUUUUAUAUUAAAUUGGAUGAUAUUUGAAGGAAGCCAGAUCAAAGUAUGAAAAAUGACUGUUGCUUCUACAUUGAUAAAGUCACUCAAAACUCCAA